ACAUGCAGUUCCGUACAGUGGGCACCAAGACCAAGAUCUGCAAGCUGACGCUCCGCUGGCCCUGUCCCAUGACUUUUGCUGCCAAAGGCCGUCGCAAGGUGGAGGCAGAAAACAAAGCAGCAGCAUUGGCCUGUCAGAAGCUCAAGAGCCUUGGCUUGGUGGACAAGAACAACAACCCCCUCAGCCAUGCCAUGUACAACAUGACCUCACUCCGGGAGCUUGGUGAGAACCAGAGGAAACCCUGCCACAUCAAAGUCCCCGAAGCGACCCUGCGCAAGAUCGAGAACUAUCUGAAUCACUAUCCGGUGGACAUCAGGGAAUCCAGGCCCCGGAUUGCUGAUGACAUGAUGAACCUGAGCAAGGAAUCUGGUGCGAUAAGUGAUGCAAUCACGGGGAAGACAUACAUACCCAUGUUGGAAGCAGAGGAAGUGCGCCUUAGCCAAAAUCUCCUGGCCCUCUGGAAAAGGAGAGGAUCCUCGUGGCAGGAGAGCCACCCACUGCCAGUAGAUCCUCACAAGGACACCAUCCUAUCAGCCAUUGAGCAGAACCCUGUAGUGGUAAUAGCAGGAGACACAGGCUGUGGGAAGACCACGAGGAUCCCUCAGCUCCUGCUGGAACACUACAUCCUGGAGGGACGUGGCGCCCGCUGCAACGUAGUGAUCACCCAGCCAAGGAGGAUCAGUGCCAUCUCGGUCGCCCAGCGCGUGGCACAAGAGUUGGGUCCCAACAUGAGGAAGAAUGUGGGCUACCAGGUGCGGCUGGAGAGCAAGCCACCCGCCAGAGGAGGAGCCCUGCUCUUCUGCACCGUGGGCAUCCUGCUGCGGAAGCUGCAGGGGAACCCCAGCCUGGAGGGUGUCAGCCACGUCGUGGUCGAUGAGGUCCACGAGCGAGACGUCAACACGGAUUUCCUGCUCAUCCUGCGGAAAGGCAUCCAGAAGCUCAACCCUGACCUGCGCCUGGUCUUAAUGAGCGCCACAGGAGACAAUCAGCGGUUCUCACAUUACUUUGGGGAUUGCCCUGUGGUCAAGGUGCCGGGUUUCAUGUAUCCGGUGAAGGAGUACUACCUGGAGGAGAUCUUGGCCAAGCUGGGGACCUCAAAGGAUCAUCUAACUCCACAGGAAGAUGAUGAAUGUGUCCUUGAUCUUGAUCUGAUCACUGACCUCGUACUCCAGAUUGAUGCUCACGGAGAACCAGGUGGGAUCCUCUGCUUCCUCCCUGGUUGGCAGGAAAUCAAAGGAGUGCAGCAGCGCCUGCUGGAGAUGCUGGGAUCUCAGAACAGCCGGUACCUCGUCUUACCAGUGCACUCCAACAUCCCCAUGAUGGACCAGCAAAACAUCUUCCAGCGGCCACCACCUGGUGUCAGGAAGAUUGUCCUGGCCACCAACAUUGCUGAGACCUCCAUCACCAUCAAUGACAUUGUCCACGUGGUGGACAGUGGCACGCACAAGGAGGAACGCUACGAUUUGAAGACCAAGGUGUCCUGCCUGGAGACGGUGUGGGUGUCCAAGUCGAACGUGGUGCAGAGGCGAGGGCGCGCUGGCCGCUGUCAGUCGGGGUUUGCCUAUCACCUCUUCCCUCGCAGCCGCCUGGACAAGAUGCCGACUUACCAAGUUCCAGAGAUCCUACGCACCCCACUGGAGAACCUGGUGGUUCAGGCCAAGAUCCACAUGCCAGAGAAAACGGCAGUUGAAUUUCUCUCCAAGGCUCUGGACAGCCCUGACAUCAAAGCUGUGGAUGAAGCAGUGAUCUUGCUGCAGGAGAUCGGAGUGCUGGACCAGCGAGAAGCCCUCACCACUUUGGGCAAACGCCUUGCCCAGAUCUCCACAGAUCCUCGGCUGGCGAAGGCCAUCGUCUUGGCGUCCAUCUACCGUUGCCUCCACCCUCUGCUCGUCAUCGUUUCCUGCCUCACCCGGGACCCCUUCAGCAGCAGCCUGCAAAACCGUGCAGAGGUGGACAAGGCCAAGGCUGUUCUGAGCCGGGAGAGUGGGAGCGAUCACCUGGCGUUUGUCAGAGCUGUGGCAGGCUGGGAGGAGGUGCUGAGACGCAGAGACAGUCGUGCCAGGGAUAACUACCUGCAGGACUAUUACCUGUACGGACCCAGCCUUCGCUUCAUCAACGGCCUUGUCAAGCAGUUCUCCGAGAACCUCUACGAAGCCUUCCUGGUGUCGUCCCCAUCUGACUGUACCAUGCCCUCGUCCGUGUGUAACCAGUACAGUGAAGAGGAAGAACUCGUCAAGGGAGUCCUCAUGGCUGGGCUCUACCCCAACCUCAUCCAGGUGAGACAAGGCAAAGUGACCCGUCAAGGGAAGUUCAAACCCAACAGCUACGCGUACCGGACAAAGGCUGGCACCGUUCUGCUCCACAAGUCCACAAUCAACAGGGAGGCGUCCAAGCUGUACAGCCGCUGGCUGCAAGAUGAUGGCUGGAGAGCAACAGUCUCCCUGACCGACAGCGACCUCCUGGUGCUGGAGGGAGACUCCUACACCAUCCGCCUCCUGCGUGACUUCCGCGUGUCGCUCUCCAAGAUGGUGGAGACGUGCCUGUGCUACGAGAUGGCAGCCAUCCCUGGGGACCUGCACCACCAGCACAGCCAGCUGCUCGACAUCCUGGUGGAUCUGCUCAAAGGCCCUCCCGGCAGCUUUGGCGCUUAG